AUGACAAAAACAGCCGACUUCUCCAUUUUCAGCGUUCUGGUGAUGGGAUCCAAUCGGGGGAUUGGCCUCUCUCUGGUAAAGAGGUUUCUGGUCCUGCCCUGUCCACCAAAAUGGGUCUUUGCUACCACCCGUGAUCUGAAUGCAGAGAAAAGCCAGGAGGUAAAAGAGUUGGCUUGCAGACAUCCCGAUCUGGUGCUGUUGCAGUUAGAUGUCACUAAACUCGAAAGCAUCCAGGCGGCUCUUAAAGAAGUGGAAAGGUCUGUUGGAGAAGGUGGGCUGACCAUCCUAAUGAACAAUGCUGGCGUUUGGACAUUCAACAAUCCGGAAAUAGAAAAUGCCAACGAUGUGAUGAGAGUUUAUUCCGUCCAUACCAUAGGCCCACUGCAAAUAAGUCAGGCGUUUCUGCCCCUGCUGAAGAAGGCAGCCCAGAGAACUCCACAGCAAGGGCUGAGCUGCAGCAAGGCCGCCAUUAUCAACACCUCCAGCAGUGCAGGCUCUUUUGAAGUUAUGCUUCUUUGGGAUAGGUGGAAAGUAAUUGGCUACCGUUGCAGUAAGGCUGCGUUAAACAUGCUCACCAAAUGCCAGUCACUUGAGUAUCCAACCUAUGGGAUUCUGUGCAUCUGCAUCCAUCCAGGCUGGGUGAGGAUGAAUUACAAAGAUGUAAGUGCUUUAACCUGGGAAAAGGAAAAACCCAUUCAGACAUGCACACACAUGCAGAUGAAUGACCUAAUGAUGAGUCCCUGA